AUGAGUCAAAAUGUGUCCGCUGUUUUGCAAAAACAGUUACCACCAAAGUGUAAAGACCCGGGCAUGUUUACCAUACCUUGUAAAGUAGGCAAUGUCUCGGUAAAUCAAGCCAUGUUGGACUUGGGGGCAUCAAUUAAUGUUAUGCCAUAUGCCAUUUACUCAUCUUUGGAUGUAGGGCCCCUAAAGCCAACCGGUGUGGUAAUCCAACUAUUGGAUAGGUCUAUUGUCUACCCUAAAGGGGUAUUAGAGGACAUUCUUGUUCAAGUGAAUGAGUUGGUCUUUUCGGCAGAUUUUUAUGUUAUAGAUAUGGAGGAGAAAAAUGCCUCCAAGGCCGUGAUUCUAGACAGGGACUUAACUAAUGGAAGUUUUAAGAAGCUUGCCCAAGAGUACAAGCUUGAUGAUGAUUUUGAAGAAUUGGUGUCUUGGAUGGAGAAAGGGCAAGCACCCGAGCUAGAGUUGAAGACACUACCACAUCAUCUGAAGUACGCCUACUUAGGAGAUAAAGAGACCCUUCCGGUGAUCAUAUCCGUCACACUAUCACCGAAGGAAGAAAGAGAGCUUGUGGAUGUUUUGAAGGAGCACAAAAGGGCGAUUGGAUGGACCAUCGCCGACAUCAAGGGCCUUAGUCCCUCACUUUGCCAGCACAAGAUYCUAUUAAAGGAAGAGUACAAGCCAUUCAGAGAGGCGCAAAGGAGGUUGAACCCACCUAUGAUGGAAGUCGUCAAGAAGGAGAUACUCAAGCUUUUGGACGCCAAUAUGAUCUACCUAAUCUCUGACAGCAAGUGGGUAAGCCCGGUCCAGGUAGUCCCUAAGAAAACUGGCAUUACUGUGGUAGAGAAUGUCGAAGGUGAGUUAGUGCCUACCCAUGUUCAAACGGGUGGAGAGUAUGUAUUGAUUAUCGCUUUCAUUAGAUACCGGUGGCGAGAGAGGACCAAGAGAAGACCACGUUCACCUGCCCCUUCGGUACAUUCACCUACCGGAGGAUGCCUUUUGGUCUUUGCAAUGCACCGGAGACAUUCCAACGAUGUAUGGGUCAACCAAGGUAUAGUACUUGGUCAUGUUAUCUCGGAAAGGGGUAUAAAGGUUGACAAGGCAAAGAUCGAUGUCAUAAAAUCCUUCCCUUACCCCUCGAGUGUUAGAGAGGUCCGUUCUUUUCUUGGUCAUGUUUCUACCGGCGUUUCUUUAAAGACUUCUCGAAUAUCACUCGACCCCUUUGUGAACUUCUACAAAAAGAGCAAUCACGUCGUCGGAGAGGUAUUGGGACAGAAAGACGGUAAGAGCUCUUGUGUUAUCUAUUAUGCAUCACAAUCACUUGAUAGUGCACAAUGCAACUACUUAACCACCGAGAAAGAGUUGCUAGCAGUUGUUUUUGCUUUAGAAAAGUUUAGAUCUUAUUUGCUCGGCACUAAAGUGAUUGUGUUUUCAGAUCAUGGCGCAUUGAAGUACCUGCUCAAGAAGAAAGACGCAAAGCCAAGGUUGAUAAGGUGGAUUCUCUUAUUCCAAGAGUUUGAUUUGGAGAUUAGAGAUAAGAGCGGAGCUGAAAAUUUUGUUGCCGACCACCUUAGCCGACUAGUAUUGGAUGGAGAGCCAAGCCCACUCACUGAUGAGUUUCCAGAUGAGCACCUUUUCUCCGUUUCAGGCGAAAUCCCAUGGUAUGCGGACAUCGUUAAUUAUUUGGUUUCAAAGAGCUUCCCAGGUGGAGAAGUUGUAGCAAGAACAACUAGUGGUUCUGUUCAGUUACAGGUUCUUCAAUAG